AUGCUGACUGAAGCGUGUGGAGCCAUGUCAGUGGGGUCAGAUGUUUGUGAUCUGACCUUCUUACCCCCAGCACCCCCUGUGCCUUCCCUACCAGGAGCUGUUGGUGGCUGUGGGAUGUCUGUUGGCAGUGGUCAGUGGACCCAGCUGCUGGACCUCCACCCUGGUUCUCCCUACAGCUCCCUGAACUCUCACCACUCCCUCAUUAAGCAGGAGCCAAGCUGGGGGACCACAGACCCAAUGGAGGACCCUCACUGUGGACUCGGGGCUUUCACUGUGCACUUCUCUGGCCAAUUAACGGGCUCAGGCCCCUGUCGAGUUGGCGCCUUUGGAGAGUCGACAGCAAGUCAACCAAGGAUGUUUGCGAGCGGAGCCUACCUGCCCAGCUGUGUGGACAGCCCCCCUGCACCCAGGAACCAGGGUUAUGGAGCUGUGGGUUUAGACAGCAACCCCUCUUAUGGUCACACGCCGUCCCACCACACCCCUCAGCUCUCCAGCUUGUCCUUCAAGCAUGAGGACACGCUGUCGGUCGCAGACAACAUAGUUGAUCAGCAGUACUCCACACCGAAUCCCAUGUUUGGUUGCCACAAUUCUUCAGAAACUUGUCCGAGCAACCAAGCUCUGCUGUUUAGAAACUACAACAGUGAUAAUUUGUACCAAAUGGCAUCUCAGCUGGAGUGCGUCACGUGGAACCAAAUGAACUCCUUGACAUCUUCCUCUGACCGUAGCAAUCCAAUCAACAUUGACAGCGACCCCACAACCCCAGCUUCACCCAUGCUCCUCAGCACCCAGUACCACAUCCACACACACGGUGUUUUCAGAGGACUUCAGGAUGUUCGACGAGUACCAAACAUGGCUUCUGCUUCUGUUGUGAAGUCCUCAGUGGGCAGUGAGAAGCGUCCUUUUAUAUGCAUUCAUCCCGGAUGCAACAAGAAAUACUUCAAACUGUCACAUCUGCAGAUGCACGGUCGAAAACAUACAGGGGAAAGGCCGUACCAAUGUGAUGUAACAGAAUGUGGACGUAAAUUUUCUCGCUCAGACCAGCUAAAGAGGCAUCAGCGCAGGCACACAGGAGUGAAGCCCUUUGAGUGUGAGACGUGUCAGAGAAAGUUCUCACGGUCAGAUCAUCUUAAGACACACACUCGGACUCAUACAGGUAAAACAAGUGAGAAGCCCUUUACUUGCCGCUGGCCAAACUGUCAGAAGAAGUUUGCCCGCUCUGACGAGCUGGUGCGACACCACAACAUGCACCAGAGGAACCUGACCAAGCUGCAGCCUGCCAUCUGAGCAGUCAGAGGACGGGAGGAAGACGAAGAGGAAGGUGACAAUAUGUUGUGCCAGCUAGUAGAGAGAGAGAGAGUUAAACAACGCCUGGAGCCUGGUCAGCAGUUAGGGUGCCCUGACAGAUUUGCUGAAGUGGUGACACAGCUGAAACUGCCUGUGUGAGGAGAACUAAACCCUCUGAAGACUCCAAAGAUCAUUAGGAUGCACCUGAACUGGCACCUGUCAUGAUUAUGACAUUAAAACUUGGAAUUAGACAAGGUUGAAUACCACAAUUAUUCUGAGCCAAGAAGACCUUAAAACAAACA